AUGUAAAUUUCAAUGCGUGCUGUUGUUUUGGAAGGCCCAGGCUAAGAAGCUGUGGUCAAGGAAAUUCCAAUUCCUACUCCAUAAUCUGGCUAAGUCUUAAUCAAGGUAGACUCUGCUCCAAUCAAUCCUUCUGAUAUUGCAUUUUUACAUGGUGCUUAUUCAAGUGGUAAACAAUUUCCAUGUGUUCCAGGAUUCGAAGGUUCUGGAACUGUUAUUGCUAAUGGGUAUAGUUGAAUGUAAAUAAUUUAGAGGUGGAAUUAUGGGAUGGAGAUUAGUAGGAAAAAGAGUGGCUUUUUAUUCAUAAUCUCAAUUUGGAACUUAUGGUGAAUAUAGCGUGGCAGAUGCUUUGGGUUGUUUAGAAUUAGAUAAUGAUAUUACAUUAUAAGAGGCUUGUUGUUCAUUUGUUAAUCCUUUGACAGUGAUUUCAAUGUUAGAAGUGGCAAAAGAACAUAAAACUUAAGCUGUUGUUCAUACAGCAGCUGCUUCUUAAUUAGGCAGAAUGAUGAUUAGACACUUUUAAGCGAAUGGUGUUAGAGUUAUUAAUAUAAUAAGAAGAGAUGCUUAAGUAGAUAUGUUGAAAAAGGAAGGAGCAGAUAUUAUAUUAAAUUCAUCUGAUUCUGAUUUUUAAGAAAAGUUAAAAAAUGUGUUAUAAACAUUACGGUAUUAUUUAUAGAAUAUUUAAAUAGUGCAACUGUUUUCUUUGAUGCUUUAGGAGGAGAAUUAACAGGUAAGAUUCUUGAAGUUAUGCCUAAUCAUUCAACUUGUUAUGUAUAUGGAGGAUUAAGUCUGAAGCCUGUUGGAAAUGUAUCUAUUAUGGAUUUAAUCUUCAAAGACAAAAAAGUUGUUGGAUUUUGGUUGACAUAAUAUUUGAAAACAAAAAAUAUUAUUAGUUAAGCACUAUUGUUGAAUUAAUUAAAAGGGUUGCUCAAAACUAAUCUUAAAACUAUUGUAGCCAAAACAGUUGAUGUUUCUGAAUUCAAAGAGGGUUUGGAGUUUUAUAAGAAAAACAUGAGUGAAGGAAAGGUAUUAAUUAGAUUCGAUUAAAAAUAAUAAUAAUAAUAAUAAUUAUAGUAACAAUGA